CUUGAGGCUAGGCUUGUAGUAGUGAAACAGAGUUCUGUGGCAGUAAAUGGACAACCAUCUAAGGAAGCGAUACUAGAGAUAUUACCAGAGGUAUCUGCUGAUGAUGAUUCCAUAGCAGAUCAGCUCAAGCAACACGUGUUACCAGAGGUCAACUCCAAGUCACCGGAGGAGAGAGAGAUGGAUAAAUUCUUGAAUGAGGCAUAUAAGAAAAGCAUUAGUGAUAAAACAAGGCAACACAAUAAGGAGAAGAAGCUUUAA